AGGCGCUGGAGGGGAGGGGAAGGGAGGAGACGGGACUCCGGCCUCUGGCUAGUCGUUAAACUCCGCGAUGGUGUCACCCCCCUGCUGGGCCAGGGGCUGCUGCCGCCCGCCUCUCUCCUGCCAUCAUGUCUUUGCUUUAGCCCCGGCUGCGGCUCCUCUCCAGGGAUGAUGGCCUGACAGCGCUGUGAUUCCCUCCCCCCACCCGGCUUUUUUUUUCUUUCUUUUUUUUUUUUCUUUUUUUUUGGAGGGGAGCUCGGAUCAUGGCAUUGGGGCUCCGCAAGCUGCUGCUGCUUACCUCCAGCUGCGCCUUUAAGGACCAGCGGGAAAGAUGGGACUCAAGUCCAGGAAGGCAGCAGCUGCGGGGAGCGCCGGUGGCCGGGAGCAAGACGAGAAGAAAGUAGGACUCGCGUCUGGGGAUCUGGAGCAAGGUUCUUUGGCCUCGGGAGCUGGAGCGGAUAAAGAUGGGACCCUGCUGCUGGAAGGAGCUGGGAAGGAAGAGGGGGGGAAGAGGAAUCCGCAAGGGAUUGGGCUUUUGGCCAAAACACCUCUGAGCAGACCUGUCAAGAGGAACAAUGCCAAGUACAGGAGGAUCCAAACUUUAAUCUAUGAUGCCCUGGAGAGACCCAGAGGUUGGGCGCUGCUGUAUCAUGCCUUCGUAUUUCUGAUAGUUCUGGGGUGUUUGAUCUUAGCUGUCCUAACAACUUUCAAGGAAUAUGAAACUGUUUCAGGAGACUGGCUGCUGCUGUUGGAAACAUUUGCUAUUUUCAUCUUUGGAGCAGAGUUUGCCUUAAGAAUCUGGGCUGCUGGGUGUUGCUGUCGCUAUAAAGGAUGGAGGGGGAGGCUCAAAUUUGCCAGGAAGCCUUUGUGUAUGUUGGAUAUCUUCGUGUUGAUUGCCUCUGUGCCAGUGGUAGCUGUUGGGAACCAGGGCAAUGUUCUGGCGACGUCGCUCAGAAGUCUGCGCUUCCUUCAGAUCCUGCGGAUGCUCCGAAUGGACAGGAGGGGAGGCACGUGGAAGCUUUUGGGAUCAGCUAUUUGUGCACAUAGCAAAGAGCUCAUCACCGCUUGGUACAUUGGGUUCCUGACCCUUAUCCUCUCCUCGUUCCUUGUUUACCUGGUCGAGAAAGAUGUGCCUGAAAAGGAUGCCUAUGGAGUCGAGAUGAAAGAAGAGUUUGAAACCUAUGCAGACGCACUGUGGUGGGGGCUGAUUACCCUAGCAACAAUCGGCUACGGUGACAAGACCCCCAAAACCUGGGAGGGGAGGCUGAUAGCAGCCACAUUCUCUCUUAUCGGAGUGUCAUUUUUUGCUCUUCCUGCCGGCAUCUUGGGUUCAGGGCUGGCUCUGAAAGUCCAGGAACAACAUCGUCAGAAACAUUUUGAGAAAAGAAGAAAGCCGGCAGCAGAACUUAUACAGGCUGCCUGGAGGUACUAUGCUACUAACCCAAACCGGAUGGAUCUCGUCGCCACCUGGAGGUUUUAUGAAUCAAUUGUAUCGUUUCCGUAUUUCAGAAAAGAGCAAUUGGAUGGUACUGCCAGCCAAAAGCUGGGUCUCUUGGAUCGGGUUCGUGGUACCAAUACUAAAGGAAAGCUAUUUACCCCUCUGAAUGUAGAUGCCAUUGAAGAAAGUCCUUCUAAAGAGCCUAAGAAUGUUGGCUUGAAUAAUAAGGAGCGUUUUCGCACUGCAUUCCGAAUGAAAGCGUAUGCCUUUUGGCAAAGCUCAGAAGAUGCAGGAACAGGGGAUCCCAUGACUGAAGACAGAGGUUACAGUAAUGAGUUCCUUAUGGAAGAUAUGAUCCCCACAUUGAAGGCAGCCAUCCGAGCUGUCCGAAUUCUACAGUUUCGUCUCUAUAAAAAAAAAUUCAAGGAGACUUUGAGGCCUUAUGAUGUAAAGGAUGUGAUAGAGCAAUAUUCAGCAGGGCACCUUGAUAUGCUUUCCAGAAUAAAAUACCUUCAGGCAAGAGUAGAUAUGAUUUUUACCCCUGGACCUCCAUCUACUCCCAAGCAUAAGAAAUCCCAGAAGGGAGGAGCUUUUUCUUACCCUUCACAACAAUCUCCCAGAAAUGAACAAUAUGUAGCCAAAGCAUCCACAGCAGAUACUGAAGACCAAAGUAUGAUGGGCAAAUUUGUUAAAGUUGAAAGACAGGUUCACGACAUGGGGAAGAAACUGGAUUUUCUAGUCGAUAUGCACUUGCAACAUAUGGAGCAGCUGCAAGUACAAGUCACUGAGUUGUGUCCUUUGAAAGAAGCUGCCUCUCCAGCAGAAGAAAAAAGAGAGGAAAACAGAUACUCCGAAUUGAAAAGCAUAAUCUACAAAUACUCAGAGCCUUGCACUCAUGAAACUCCUUAUAACUUCCACCAGGUUCCAGUACACAAAGUCGGUCCAUAUGGUUUCUUAGCACAGGAUCCAAUGAAUUAUUCACGCCCUUUUUCAUUAGGUGGGCAAAACUCUGGCAAGUUGCAGGCCAUGCCUUCUUCGACUUCAUAUGCAGAAAGGCCGACAGUUUUGCCUAUACUCACAUUCAUAGACUCCCGAGUUAGGUACCAGUCCCCAGGGGACUUGCAGAGCCCCAAUUCCGACAGGAUAUCUCCAAGGCAGAAAAGGAGCUUGACAAGAGACAGCGACACCCCAUUAUCCCUUCUUUCCGUCAACCAUGAGGAGCUUGAACGCUCCCCGAGUGGAUUCAGUAUCUCCCAAGACAAAGAAGACUUCCCUUUUGGCCCAAAUGGGGGAUCAACCUGGAUGAGAGAGAAACGCUACCUAGCAGAGGGCGAAACAGACACAGAUACUGACCCUUUUACACCAAGUGGCUCCAUGCCUCUGUCUUCAACAGGGGAUGGGAUUUCGGAUUCAGUAUGGACCCCUUCAAACAAGCCAGUUUAAAAAUGGUUGUGGGGGCUCCACUGGUUGACUUCUCCGUGUAAUGUAAACAUACUUUGUAUAGCUCACUUACUGCACACCCAAUGCUUACUAGUUCAAAACACCGAUGGCUGCAUAAGAUGCAUGUGAUAUUAGUGAUAGUCAUUCUGCACCAUUUCAUACAAUUUACUAAUGCAGUUUUUUUCAUGCCACCAAAACUAAGCAGCAGAGUUUUGAGCAUGGUUUGCAUGACUUUACACUAUAUAAAUGGUACAGCUAAUUUCUUCUGUGACACAUAUCUCGCUGAUGUUCGUCAAUAUAAUGAGGGUUAGAGCAAUGCCAGGUGAGAUGUGACAGUUCAUGCUACUUUUUUUAAACAGAGCAACAAAGUAAGGAUCGUUUCAGGAGCAAUGUUCUGAUGUGGAAACAUAUAUAAAUUAUUUGUUCCAUAUCAAUGCCCGUUUUCCAAUGCAAGUGAAUAAUUCUCUCUCCAGACUAGCCAGAAUCUUCCAAAAAUUUCAGCAGGGAAAAGGUCAGAUCGAAGCGUGUUACUGAUUAAACAUAAUUUCUGUAGCUGAAAGGUUUCAGAGUAGUAGCCAUGUUAAUGUGUAUCCACAAAGAGAACAGGAGGACUUGUGGCACCUUAGAGACUAACAAAUUUAUCUGAGCAUAAGCUUUCGUGAGCUACAGCCAACUUCAUCGGAUGCAUAGAAUGGAACAUAUAGUAAGAUAUAUAGAUAUCUAUACAUACAGAUAAGUUAGAAGUUAACAUACAAACUGUGAGAGGCUAAUUAGUUAAGAUGAGCUAUUAUCAGCAGGAGAAAAAAACUUUUGUAGUGAUAAUCAAGAUGGUCCAUUUAGACAAUGUGAGGAUACUUAACUUAAGGAAAUAGAUUCAAUAAAUGGACACAAAUCUGACAUCAGGAAUCAUAACAUGCAAAAACCAGUAGGAGAACACUUCAACCUCUGUGGCCACUCAGUAAAAGAUCAAAGGGUGGCAAUUUUGCAACAGAAAAGCUUCAAAAACAGACUUCAACCAGAAACUGCUGAGCUUGAAUUCAUAUGCAAACUAGAUACCAUUAACUUGGGUUUGAAUAGAGACUGGGAGUGGCUGGGUCAUUACACAUAUUGAAUCUAUUUCCCCAUGUUAAGUAUCCUCACGCUUUCUUGUCAACUGUCUAAAUGGGCCAUCUUGAUUAUCACUACAAAAGUUUUUUUCUCCUGCUGUUAAUAUAUAUAUCUUCUUCC